UUGAAUACCAGCGUUUUCUGCGUGCUAUUUGACACAGAUUAACUAAGGGUAGAAACUAACAAGCGCUUUCGCUAAGGACCAGGGGGGUAAGUCUGGCUGCCGGCGUGGAGCACGACACUUUUCAUUGCUGCUCCAGGCUAGACCUACCCGUUUCCCUUGCAACUAUCCUUAGGUCACAAUCUUGCUGCUGAAAACUAUUCCUAAGGAGAGGGCAGACAUGGCUUCGGCCACAUCAUCAUGUGUCCCCGCGGAUCCGUCAAGAAACGGUACCUGCUGCAUCUGCUUGAGACCUGUGUAUGCUAUGGAAGCAAUCAUUGCGGAGUUCAAGUUCUAUCACAAAGCGUGCUUUCGGUGUGCUCAAUGUCAUCGCACUCUUUCGGUGAUGAAUUAUGACACUCACAAUGGAUGGAUAUACUGCAACGCACAUAUGCCCAAGACUACACCAGUCGUGGGCCGGCGGUCUAGUGAUAACUUGUCACCAACAAACCCGCGAUCCCCGACCGGUCAUCCCUCAACGUUUCCAAAGCAUCAGCAUCACAAUUUCCCCCCGAGCGGUACACUGUCUCCGUUAGGCAUAAAGAGGCACAACUCAGAAACCGAAACUGAAUGUUCCUCGCCAUUAUCUCCAGACCGGACCUGGAGUGAACGUUCCUUCGGCCCAUCUUCAUCUCGAUUCCACUCUUCCGGAUCCUCACGUCCGCAGAUGAACCCUCAAACAUUUCAGCUACCGCCUUUCCCAGGAGGCAUGAAUUGUGGGAGUUCAGUGUCAGAACGAGUUCGUGCAUUUUCGAACGAGAAAACCUCUGCUGGUAAAGAUCCGAAACCAGAUAGGCGAGAUAUUGACGACAAACACAGCGUAUCGGGGUCGUCGCUUCGCAGAACUCAGAGCGAAGUUCGCAAAGAUAGGCAGCGAGGGGGGCAUACCGAGAGAAUGUCGGGAUUAGAUACCAUUUCGCCUUCACCCCCAACCACAACCGUACCGGAAGAUGGUACUAUGGACUUCGAAGGACCAUAUGGCAGAGGUCACCUUGCAUCUCUCAAACAGCGGGCUCCAGGCCAGGGCCUGUGGGUAAAUACCGGAGGCUCCCAUCGUCGAGCAUUCAGCGUGGAGCAGACCAGUACGCAUCACUAUCCCGCCAAUGCUCGGCGCCCUUCCACAGGCUCCGACCAGUACCGAUCUCUCCUACACCCUAGUGCUAGCUAUGAAUCCCUGCGAUCGACUCAGAGAUCGGCAAACUCAAGCCAUAGCGACUUGGAGAAUUUAGGAGUCGGGGAAGCAAAGGAUAAGUCGAGAUUGACCAUAAACAAAUGGCGUUCGGAGCCAGGUGUACAAUUGACAGAGCAAGAGCGGCUUCACGCACUAAGAAAGAAGUCUCCGCGGGUAUCCAGUGGGGACGGGAGUAUACAGUCAUUAUUGAAUUUGAGCGUGAACGCAUUGACGCAAAUGGAGAGUGAUCCAUUCGAGUCCAAUGGUGAUCUGAAGGAGAAAAAAGGCCACCGCCUCUCACUCUCAUUGGAGGCGUUGACCAAAAAGAAAAGGACAUCGAGCUUGCAACAAUUGCUACUUGGGGCUGGUCCAACAAACUCCCUCUCCAUCGAAUCAAUUAGCAGUGUAUCGUCGACACACACGAUUUCUAUUCUCGCCGAGCUGGCACAUAUCGUGUCUACACAAGGAUCCGAUUUGAUCUCGCUUUACGAGUCCGUUGGACGCUCGCGCUCGCGGCGGUCAGUUGGACCCUCCUCGAUAGACGUCAGUAACGCUGGAAGGCAUGCGCAUACGGAGAUUUCCAUUACAGUCUUUCGCGGCAUUAUGGACAGUGUUCGAAAGAUUACGGAGCUUGCCAGCCCACUAGUAUCAACUAAAGAGCUGAAAAGCUAUUCUAUGGCCCUGGCUGUGAAGGAGAGAGAGGCAGAAAAGGAGGUUACUUCCAAUGGGAUGUGUCCGUCAAUAGACUCCCUGCGACAAGCGAUCCAAGACACAGUGUGGGCAGCGCAAUCCGUGGUCACACAGUAUACUGCUACGCAGAAAAAGUUAUAUAUCACAUCAGCAGAAGGGUACCGAUUAGAAGCUUUCGGAGAUCCGGAUACCUCACCCAUUAUCCCCUCAUCGAAUCAACCUGUCAACAACAUAUAUUCCUCGUAUCCCUUAGAGCACAUUGGUGGGGAUGCAGACUACUAUCGUAAACAUUUUCACGGACAUGAUCACAGAACAUUUAUUGGUGACCAUAGUAAACUUGGUCCGGUUAUAAUAUCCUUGAUGUACAGACCAAAUGAACCGCGCAAAGGCGAUUCCCAGGCUGCGGGCGGCGUGGGAUCCGCUGGUGGUGGAGGAGAGAAGGAAAAGGAAUCAGGAGGUGAUGCAGAGUUUUGGGCCAUAAUGCGGACAAAGGAGGCAUUUGACUUACGAGCAGUUAUACAAGCAUCGCAAGUGUCUGGGCAUGGUGUGUUGCGAAAUAAGCCUGACGCGAGGGCGGUGCUGCAAAUGUUACAUAAAGAUCUCCAAGCGCAUAAACUGCGUAAGGUUUCGGACCCUUCCAUUGAGAAGAAACUUAUGGUAUUGGACGAAUUGCAGUUAAUUACGAGAUAUAAGUUUGGCGCCUUGUAUUGCAAAGGCAAUCAGAGCACUGAAGAAGAAUACUUCAGUAACGAAACGGGAAGUCAAGCAUUCGAAGAGUUUCUUUCUUGUCUCGGGGACAAAGUGGAGCUGCAAGGCUGGCAAGGUUACGCGGCAGGGUUAGAUACCAAACAUGGCCAGACGGGGAAGCAUUCUCUUUUCACCAAAUGGAGAAACUUUGAUAUUAUGUUUCACGUAUCAACCUACCUGCCGUAUAAAAAGGAGGAUAAGCAGCAAAUCCAGCGAAAAAGGCAUAUUGGGAAUGAUAUUGUGACGAUAAUCUUCCUUGAGGGUGACGGAAAAUUCAACCCAAAAUCGGUCAAAUCGCAAUUCCUGCAUGUUUUUAUUGUGGUGCGGGAAGACAGAGUGACCCGUCCCGGGGAGGUUGGUUAUCGGAUUGCGCUGGCAAGUAAUGUGGACGUACCGCCUUUCGCACCUCCUCUCCCGACCCCACCGGUAUUCUGGGAUAAGGCAGAGUUGAGGGAUUUCCUACUGGCGAAAAUGGUGAACGCCGAAAAUGCCGCCUACAAAGCACCCAAGUUCAAGACACCACACCACCGUACCAGAAAUGCCGUGAUUGAUGAGAUUAUUCGGGACUACUGGUCAAUAUCAAAGGGAAGAGGGGAUCGUCGCCGAAACGAGGAUAAGAAUGGCGCAUCUGCACGUUCUUCAGUGGGUUCCGUUAGUUCCGAUGCGAGUACAAUUGUGCUGCAACAGCAGCAUGGUGGCACACCGCGAGGGUCAGAAGCCGGUCCACAUCGCCGAGGCUCUCUAUUUACAGGCAUUGGAGGGUUUGCAAGGCGGGGCAGUACGGUGGAGACUGAUGGUUCUUCUGGACUACCAGUUCCCUCUUCUCGGAAGGGUUCGAUACCAGAUUUGUUGGUGGAAGAAUGCCCCGCACCAUCACCAUCGAAUCUUGCUCAUUCUAAAUUGUACGGAGGAAGCAUGGAUGCGCUAGCAGAACCAAAGAAAAAGAAAGGCUUUAGAAAGCUGGCCAGGUCCAAGAGUACGAAACUCGAUACAGAGGCUAAAAUAAGGUCACGCUCAACGAAUGCGCUCUCUUCAGCAGAAUCCAUACCAGAAGUCGCAGGGGAAGAUACAGGCAAGAGGAAGACUCCCAACCACGGCUUGCUAUCUGCAUUCAACCUGAAACGAAAAUCGCAGGAAGAGAAAAACAAAAGCCGGAGUAUGGACACCGUAGAAUCGUUACGAGGGAAUACUAUUGAGGGACGAAGGGAAAGUCUGACGGGUUUGAUGUCGUCACGGACAACGAAACAGGAUGUUUGACGGACGUUGAUAUUGUUGAUGGAACAGCACAAUUUGAUGCAGUUUUACUAGGGAUUCUCUCUCUUUGUAUCAUAGUGAUCAUUUUCUCUAAUAGGCAUGAAUACCCCAAUGAUUCAAUAUUUACUAGAA